AUGCGUCUCAUCUACCUUUUGGCCCCUGUUGCCACGAUCUGCACCUUCGGUGCUGCAAUCCCUCUUGCCAGCAGCCAAGGAAAAUCACCAACCCCGACACCCACACCAACCAAAGCCUUAGCCUCUGCUUCCACGCCGCGCACGAACCCUGCCAUGCCAUCUCAAAGUAUGGUCGGGGCGUACCAGUGCCCCCAAAACCAAUUCAAGAGGUGCUGCCAGUCGCUACAAGAAACAUCGAAGGAGAUCAUGAAGGGUUUGGGAGACCUUGUUCCAAUUGUGGGAGGCAUUCAGAUUAGUUCAAAGAUUUCUUUUCAAUGCGAUGCGAUGUCAGACGCAACAGCGCCGGAUGACUGCCAGGGCCAUGGCUUUAUCCCCAUGUGCUGCUCAAAUGACACAAGUAAUGGCGUCGGUUCGUGCAAGCCGUUCGAGAUAGCUAAGGAAGAUUACUACCGCUCGUUCGGGUAUAACGAGCAAGAAGAGAGCCCUGUUGACACGAUCAAUGAUGUUAUGUAUUGA